AUGUCCUUCCUCCUUGUUCUGUCUCCCGUCUGGUCCUCACAGGUGGAAAAAUCUCCCAACCGAUCGGACCGCCUCGUCUACCCUCCUCUGCCCCUUAAGACUAGUACUGUUCUUAAAAGUAGCAUGACCAAUGGGGCUCCAGCACCACCCACCAAUUCAAGAAGUAUCACCAAACCUGUUUCUACCUGUCCCCCAACAUCCGACACAACUUCCUCAAUCCCCCGCUCUCCUAUCCCUGUCCCUAAACCCAGUCUUUCCCCCUUAGCUAAGCCCACCUUCCUUUUUCCUCCAAAAACUGUCACUUUCUCUUCAUGUAAACCAUUGUCUUCAGUCACAUUGCGCAGUCCCGCCCGCAACCCAGCACUUGCUCCACAUUUGCAGCCCUUUGUUAAUCUAGUCAAUCCCAAUGAUGGUGGAGAUAAUCACAAUUUUCCUACAACUACCGACAUCCAAAACACUCGUUCCUUCGCCCCUACCUGGACUUGCCUGGCAUCCACUAAAGCUCAUCCAUCAGCUUCUUCCCUCCAUCCUGGCCCUGAGAUGUUACCCCUUUUAAAGGUCACCUUCUCCCCUAACUCUGACCCUGUCCCUUGCCCUGCCUCGAAAGCUUCUGCUGAUGUUGUGUCUGCUGAGGUGCGUCAGAGAAUAAAGGAGCUUCUGUUAAAGUACAGUCAAGGUCUGUGGGCCCACGCUCUGCCCAAACUCUUGAUGGACACAUACAAGACGCCAUUCCCCGAACAGGUUCUGAACAACUUGUCUCUUCUGCUGGAUAUAUGUACUGUGGAGUACCCUGUUCCACAUGACAAGAAGAAGGCCAUCCUGUAUUACUCUAGUAAAGCCGUCAUAAAAGCCGUAGACAGCCAGGAAAGCCAGCAGGGUAGACGCCGUCUCCUUCCCUCUGGUCUGGAGGUCCUGGGGUCUGCGGUGCCUCAAGAUCUGCUUCUUCCAGCGGAGCAGUACCCUUCUGUGCUCGUCACUGAGGCCAAAGGCAGCAAUGUUGUUACGUUAAGGUAUGUAGGUGAGAACUAUUCCAAUGCCCAGGAGGCCAUGGAGGAAGCAAUGCGCAUGUUCUACAGCCAAGGCUCCACCCACCAUCCUCUGUCUAGACCUGUGACUGGUCAGCUGGCAGCUGUCAGAGGGGAGGAUGGAGAGGACUUGGCAAGAGCUCAAGUCAUUGAGAUUCUGACCCUUAACAAGGUCAAGACAGAAGAUUAA